AUGCCAAACCAGGUUUUAAAUAUAGAGCCGCAAAAUGAACUGAAAUUUAAAGUUGAUUUCUCAGGGCUUUUCGAGCAGGGAUUCACUACAUAUAUGCGGCUGACGAACCCCAGUACGGAUACAGUGCUGUUUAAAAUUAAAACAACUGCACCGAAGAAGUAUUGCGUGCGCCCCAACUCAGGAGUUCUGGAGCCAAACUCUAAAGUUGAUAUUGCAAUCACCCCUCAGCCUGUAUAUGUCGACCCAAAUGAAAAACAUAAACAUAAGUUUAUGGUGCAGAGUGUAGUUGCACCAGAAGGAUGGGAUGGGAAGACCAAUAUUGAUCAAGUAUGGAAGGAGAUCAGUCCUGACCAACUAAUGGACUACAAACUAAAGUGUGUCUUCGAAACUCCACGGGUGUCCAAUCUAAAUGACGCAGGAGAUAAUGCCGCGCAGAAUGAAGUAACCAAGAAGCGAAUUGUGGCUGCGGAUGACGCCAAGCCCUCAACAAAGGAAGCAGUAGAAGGUCUCAUCCAGAACGAAGGAAAGAGGAAGGAUGAUGACCACGCGGCCGGAACUUUAAGCGCGCAAACGACAUUGCCUUUCCCAAAGACCGACAACGUGGAAAGCGAUUUGCAAAAGGCGACAUCUGAGGUCAUUCUUCUGAGAGAGGAAGAGAGCAAGUUAAGACAUGAAAAUCUACAACUUAAAGAGGAGUUGUUACGUUUGCAUCAGUCGAUGGGCGAAGGGCGCACCGCUCGUCGUCAUUCUUACGGGCCCGAGAAAAACGCGCAGGCCGCGAUGAUGCCGUGGAUCGCUAUAGCCGUUGGCAUGGCAUUCCUUGGCAUCAUUAUUGGCAAGUUUCUCAUGUGA